AUGUACCAAGAAACUCUGCAGUUUUAUCAUCUGUGGAGACUUGCUGUCCAAGAAAGAGACGAAGCAAGGGAACAUCUGAUACAUUCACUCGCCGAACUCUCCCAAUUACGCGAACUCUUAAAGACUGUUUCGUUGUCCGAAGAACAAACAAAACCCCUUUAUUACUCAGAGACCAAAGAGGAAACCACUGUUCAUAAAAAUUGGAGUUACGAUCAUUUUCCAUCGCGAUUCUCGUCUGCAUCGCCGCAGGAUUUGUUCUCCAACCUAACUGUUAAUCCCUCGCCGGAGAUGUGCGAUUCUGAUUGUUACAGCUUCCCAUCGAAUCAGUUGGGUUUUAUUGCUGAGAACAGGAUAGAUUUUGAGACCUAUGUGCUAGAGAUUAUUGGAGGAGUGUUGCCGGAGAACGGGAAGUUUUUGCAAGCCGUCGGUGAAGCUGGAUCGUUGGUUGACUCAUUGUUCAUAACCGGUCUGGUUCCGAAAUGGAGAAAUCUUCCGGUUCAAUUGUCGAGUCAAAGUCCGGUUCUAAGUUCCUGA